CUGCGCCUACAGCUUUUCGUAUCGCCCUGGAGUCUUCCCGACGUGUGGCGCAUAACACCACCCUCUCCCAUCAUCCUAUUUUUGUCGUCGCAGCCCUUCGAAAUUUAUAGCCCAUAUCAAGUCCUCCGCCCUACGCACAUCGUAUAUAUUAAGAGCCGGCGACUCUCCAGGUAAGAGUUUUUUGCUCAUCAGCUUUCGUGUCUACGUCCGUGACCUCCUCCUCAAACUACCUCACUGCUCUUUCUUGUUUCCUCGCGCCGCAAAAUGAAGCUCUCCACGCUUUCCUUCCUCUUCGCGCUCGCAGCCACCGUUUCAUCUGCGCCAACAUCUCUCACCGAAUCCACCACCCCGAGCCAGCUCAGCGAUGUGAUCAGUGUUGUCGCCGCCGGCUGGGCCCCGCUCGAAGUGACAGUAAAGUCAUUCGUGGACAACGCGAACGGCACCCAUGUAACGCUGCUCGGCACGGGCGACGCUUCAAAACACAAGGGCCCCGGUUCCGUGGCAUCCGGCGUAGGGGCUUCCGGCGGUUCUGGAUACAACACUGCCAGUGCGAACGCGGCAUCGGCGGCGGCUAUCACCCACACGGGCGCGACGAACGUUCGCCUGAAUUCCACAUCUUACGCCAAUUCGACAACGUAUGAAGGCCCGAAAGGCCCGGUCACGAUGUCGUUCGCCGCGUCCUUUUCUACCGCGCAAGAUGACGAGGGCGAUUACGCCUACUACUGGGCCUACGUGACUACCGUGUCAAGCGCGGACGGCAACUUCACGCACGGCAAUCACGGCGGAUCGCACAAAGGCCAAGCGACAGGGAUUGCACAGUUCGGCAGAGCGCCCGCAACUGCUGCGGCGGGAGGAGCUUCCGCAACGAUAGGAGCCAGUAAUUCCGGACCGCCCUUCACAGCACCAGUGAACGAGCCUUUCUCGGGACUCCAGAAGUACACCCGGACAAACAAUGUCGAGACUGAUAACGCCGUCGGCCCCGCUACCCUGGCCAUGGCCGGGUUCGAGAACGCGCCGCAUCUCGAUGGCGGCUUCACGGCGGCGGUCGGCACCGGUACGGCCGGCCAUGCCUCUGCUGAAUUGGCUGUUACUCCGAACACCAUGAAGGGGCGUCUAGUAUCAGGUGGAUCAGUUACGCCUUUGGGGUAGUGAGGUGGUGCGUGGCAUCGCUUCUGUACAAUACGUGGUAUUAUGUAGUUUGAGCGUUGUAGCGAGCUCGAUAUAUAUAUAGAUGUACUGUUCCUCGG